AUGGUGAAGGUCGGAGUGAACAGAUUUGGCCGUAUUGGACGCCUGCUUACCAGGGCUGCCUUCACUUCUGGCAAAGUGGACGUUGUUGCCAUCAAUGACCCUUUCAUCGACCUCAACUGCAUGGUCUACAUGUUCCAGUAUGACUCCACCCACGGCAAGUUCAAAGGCAAAGUCAAGGCUGAGAAUGGGAAGCUUGUCAUCAACGAGAAGGCCAUCACCAUCUUCCAGGAGCGAGAUCCCUCCAACAUCAAAUGGGGUGAUGCCGGCGCCGAGUAUGUUGUGGAGUUGACCGGUGUCUUCACCACCAUGGAGAAGGCUGGGGCCCACUUGAAAGGUGGGACCAAAAGGGUCAUUAUCUCCGCCCCUUCUGCGGAUGUCCCCAUGUUUGUGAUGGGUGUGAACCAUGACAAAUAUGACAGUUCCCUCAAGAUUGUCAGCAAUGCUUCCUGCACCACCAACUGCUUGGCCCCCUUGGCCAAGGUCAUCCAUGACAACUUUGGCAUAGUGGAAGGGCUCAUGACCACAGUCCAUGCCAUCAUGGCCACCCAGAAGACUGUGGAUGGCUCCUCUGGGAAGCUGUGGCAAGACGGCCGUGGUGCUGCCCAGAACAUCAUCCCUGCCAAGGGAUGUGGCGCUGCCAAGACUGUGGGCAAAGUCAUCCCAGAGCUGAAUGGGAAGCUCACGGGCAUGGCCUUCCGUGUUCCUACCCCCAAUGUGUCCGUCAUGGAUCUGACAUGCCGCCUGGAGAAAGCCGCCAAGUAUGACGACAUCAAGAAGGUGGUGAAACAGGUAUCUGAGGGCCCACUAAAGGGCAUCCUGGGCUACACUGAGGACCAGGCUGUGACUUAA